GGCUGUCAGGUGCCCUGGGGGAUUUUGGAGCCUUUUGGGUUGGUGCACUGAGGAGCUUACCUGUCUGCAGCUGCGUUAGCUGCUCUGCUGGGAGAGGCUCCUCUCCACAAACACCGUUUCUCUUUUCAGAGCAGUUCUGCUAGAGAUAGGGGAGACAGAAGUAAGCCUGACUCGUAUUCCUAAAUUUUCCUUCGUGUCCUUGUGGCUGAGUGUGCACAGCUUUUCAUUACACCGCAGAAUCUGAUGGCUGCUGCUGGGAGCGCUGGGCCGGCCUCUGCCUGCGCGAGAGCUCCGCGGCUGGAGAUGUAAUCUGGCUGUGCUGCAGCAGCUAAUGAAUACAUAAGCAAAAAAUGGUUUGGGAAGUAGAUCACUGCUCUGAUGUGUUCCAGUCUGUCUAGUGUACAACACUCAUUAAAUGAGAAUGAUUUGAAUAAGUGAAGUGAAACGAUGGUUACACUCAGAGGGAGGUGUGAGAUCUCGGGUCCUUUUGCUAUGGAGCAUCUUUUCUGCUUUUAGGAUGACCACCAAAUUAACAGCUGGCCUGCGAAUAGCAGAGAACUUCCUUUCCAGUGCAAUAUCACCUUGGUGCUUUCUAAUAGAAGGUUGCUUUUUAAAAAGCAGGCGUUCCAUCCAAAACAAACACGAGUCUCUUGGGUGGUGGUUGAAGUUUCAGUGGCUUUGGAGCCCAGCUACCUGCCCUCCUGCAGGAAUACCGCCGCGCCCCGGCCGUCUGGAGCUGCUUGGAGGCGAGGUGCCAGCUGUUUGCAGAAGAAUGGAAGGUUAUGAAAUCGCAGUGUCACUCUGAUAAAAACUAAUCACAGUUUCAGAUGGGUGUCAUCUGAUAGUGGUCACGUCUGAAUUUCACUUGCUUCUGUACGAGAAGCUUCAUACCUUUCCGUUUGUCCAGAAGGGGUUGUGCGAUGUCAGACCGAAGGCAAUGUGGCUGCUCGUGUGGGCGUGCUGUUAGGAAGCAUGGCAGCUUUCUGGGCCGGUUGGGCUGUGCGUGUGGGGUGCCCCCAGCAGUGUGCCAGGACGUCACUGCUUUGUUCUGCCUCGGCUGGCUGGAAGAAGUGGGAGCCAGUGAGCAGCAGGACGUGUUCUGCUUCUCUUUCUUGUUUCUCGGGACUGAGAAAACGUUCUGGGUAAUACUUGUGGAAUGGGUUCGGGUGGGGUUUUUUGUUUGGUGGCGGUGGUUGUUUUUCUGCAGGAAGCGUGAAACGGGAAGAGCUGCUGUCCCUUGUGCUGCCGCCGGUGUUCUGGGGCUGGGGAGAUGCUCAUCUGAAAAUUAACUUGGAUUUGAUGAGGGGGAAUUGUUCAGCCGGUGUCAGGAAAGAGUGAAUUCCCCUAUUACUAGUAACAACAUUUUGGGUCAUUCUAAUCUUGUAGUUCCACCUUUGGUGUUUCUCUUUGCCCACUUCUUCUUCAGUACUUUCCUAGACUGAACAGCUCGGAGCUUAUCUCCCCUAACCGUCUCGGUAGCUCUGUUCUGGCCCAUUGCAGUUACCCCUGGGGCCCACACUGCCCUACGCCAUCCCCGUUCCUCCCUGUUGUUCACUCCCAUAAAACACCAUUGAAAAAGAGAAAUAAUGACAAGAGAACACCUCAGGAAAAAUGUGAUUACACAAGAGCCUAUCCAAAAGACUAAUAUUAGCAGAUUGAGUCAUAUGGGGAAGUAGUAAUUUUCCUAAGUAAAAACUUAAUUGACUUAUGUGCUAAAUCAUAUGCAGUUUCUACAAGUUAAUUGCCUUGGAGCCUGUGUAUAUGCAGUUAGUGCCAUACUGAGGUUUAAGCUCAAGCUCUGGUCUCCAGCCUUCUGCUGCCCUGAGUCACUGGGUGUGCAGUGCAGGUGUGGUGGGAGCGUGCCGUGCUGUCUGUCCCUGCUGUGUGUCUGUCCCUGCCGUGCCGUGUGUCACUGCUGCUGCAGCCUCAGUUUGCUCUGCCCGCGUGUAGCUCUGAUUCACUCGCUUCUGUUUUACUGCUGCACUAAGUAAAGUAGUCAUUCAUUCUCUUUGAUUCAGAGACUGUGUGCUUGUGGGUGUGAGAAUUCUAGCUCGAGUUCAUUAGGAGUCUGUGCUUGCAUCGUUGCAGGAGCAGUCUCUCCCCUGUUAGCUCAGUUUGCCCCCUCCACUGGCUCCCUGGUGUGUGCUGAGCUGUGUCCGUGCUCUGGCCUUGGCUGGGAGCCCUUCCAGGGCGACAUGCUGCUCUUUGACACAGCAGUAAUGUACAUCUUAAACAUAUUUGAUGCUUGAUUUUUUUUUCAGCCUGUUUAAAGGAUUUUAUUCUUUGUAAAGGUUUGCCUUACAUUUCCUUUUUAAAAACAUAUGUAGAAGUACAUACUUUUAUGUGGGCAGAAGUGCAUUAUCUCUGCACAAAGCAGGGAGGCUGAAACGCCGCCAUUACCGUGUUACAGAAAACCCAGUGAGAGGUUUUAAUUAAAGCUUUUCUUUCUUGCUGUCCAGAAGGUUUUGUUUUAUGUUUUAAGUUCCUUGCAUUUCCCUUGUGCUGGGAACUAGCAGAGGUGUUACUUUCAGACAGUGCUUUUGCUUCGCUCAGUGAAUUAAACACGCCUUGAGUGCUUGGGUCCCAUUAUUGGUCAUUUCUUGGCCUGCUCUGCGCUUGUUGUUCCCUACAGCACUUUCUACCUGGGUUAUUAGGAACCUGAUGAUACUCUGAUUGUCCUGGCCUGUUUGGAUAGCAAACAGAUUCUUCCCAGCUCCCAGUGCCUGCCUGCAUGUGACCCUGUCCACCGAGGGAUCUGUGCUCUGCCACGUGCAGAGGUUUCAUUGCUUGCUGUGCAGUGAGUGGGUUUGUUCCUGGAUGGAAAGGAGGAAGCAUCCUUGUGUUGUAGGUGAUCAUAGUCGUUGGUAAGGAGCUUUUCUGCUGAGUGAAAAAAGCUCACAGAGAUCAAAAUGUGCAACAUAGGAGCCUGUGUUGAAGACUUUGAGGAAGUUUGUAAGUUCUUACUAUAGAAUAAAAAUAAUCUGGCACUGCUCAGUCUUAUGGCUGAUGCAGAACUGUGCUGCCAAGUGGUUGGAGACCUCUAUAACCCAAAACUAGCUGUCAGCAUUCCAGAAAACUUUCUGAAUUUGGGAUAACCAUUCCCAUCUCCGAACAGCCCUUCGUAAAGCGCAGGGGUUGGCUGCAGAGGAGGCUGUCUCGCACGGCGCGUGGGCAGUUUGCACAAUGGUACUCUGUUGGCUUAAAUUACAGUAACCACACCCUUGAUCUGCCUUUUUUCUUUUUUCCCCGAUGUGAAAGGAACUAUUUUUGGAAAAUUUAUACAGCUGAAAGUGGUAGUUUAGAUAGAAGAGCUGUUUCAGCAAAGCUUCGGGGUAGGCUAAAUAUCAGGCUGACCUUUGCGGAGUUCACUGAGCUGGUGGAAUCUGAAUAUCUGCAUAAAGAGCCGUGCUUGUGGCUGUGACGAGGAGGGACUGUGCCUAGCGGGCCUCGGUCUGAGCUGUUCCCCUCCUUCCAGUCCUCCACUUGGUUAUCUGCGGGGCAUGGAAACAGUUCCAGAUGAGGAGAGUUUUCCUGUGUGGGUUAUGCAACUUUGGUUCGUUCUUGCGGCUGAGCCACGACCACCUUGCUUUGUCACGUGUGUCACACGUACAUUUAUGUAUGUUUUCAUUUUUAUAUGUUUACUUCUUGUUCCAAUAUUUGUUGUUCUUAUUCUUCCCUCCAAAGCACGAUAUUCCUAUUUUGGUUAGGCUGUUUAUGGUACUGGAUCAAUGCUGCAAUCUGCCCUCUGUGGUACACUGACGUCUUCUAGGAAUUGACAGACUAUGGGGACAAGUACAUGAGUACAAGUGCUCUGCUCAUACAGAGUUUACAGAUGAGUUUUGCCUCUUAUUCUCAUGAAAACCUACUGAUACUUCAGCCUGUGCAAAUGCAGCACGGUUACUUGUGGUACCUCUUGCUUUUGCUGAUGCCUGGGCUUUCCUGGCGGCCUCACCCUGGGGCAGUGCUGCCCUGCUUGGGGUGGGAACCUGGCAGCUGGGGUUGUAUGUACACCUGCGUGCCUGCUCAGGAGGGCUUGUAUGGACAGACACCUUCAGGAUUGUUUCCAGGAAUAAAACAGAUGCUAUUGCGUGCUGCAUCUCCGGAGGUGACUAGUAAAAACAAAUCUGGGAGGAAUUCGGUAACAAACCAUUACGAAGCAUACCCUGUUUGUCAUGACAUCUUGGGUUUUUUCUUUCUUUGAGAAAGGAGGGAAGGUUCCCAGGCCUUUUUUGUAUGUCCAUCCUACAGCAAAAGCAAAAAGCAAACAAACAGCCUAAAACCACAUCAACCAACCAGCUCUCCUCAGUGAAACAAUGAACCUCAGAACAGUACGUUUAUGUUUAUAGGAAAGAGAUGAAAAUCGGGUUUUUGAGUUCCCAUUCAGUCUAUAAAUAUGGGGUAUGAAAUAAGAAAGCCUGUAUUUUCUGCUGCAGCAGUGUCUCUUUGGAUGUUUAUUUUGACGUCAUACCCCUCAAACAAAUAUGUAUGCCUGGCACAAAUUAUUUGAAGAUGCCAUUUUUCUCCAUUGACCACAGGUGGUAGAUUUUUCUCCCAAGAAUCCUGUUUGGCAUGGCUUCACUAGAGCAGCAAGGAGGUCGGAGCUGACACAUUAGUGUGCUUUGGGAAGCAGGGAUGCUCCUGUGUGCUGCAUGGAAGUAGUGCUGCUUUGAAGGAGGAAGGCAUUGUUACACUUGGUGCAGUGAUUGGAAGUUGUGCUCUCACUGCUGCCUGGAAGUGAGCGCUCCAAGCUGAGGGCGAAGUCUGGAGAUUGUCCAGUUACUGGAGUUGUUAAACAUUGUGAAGCAUCUAAUUCUUUGCUCUGUUGGCAAACAGUCUGGUGAACCAAAAGGGCAGCUCAGAGAAUGUUUUUAACAGCAGUUGUGUUCUUGCAGGAUUCCCUCUUGGUGCCUUGCUGAAUGCACGCUUCGGCUUCGUGUUGGAGUGGGCUCAAGCAGUGCUUCCGUUGGGCACUGGGUGUUCGUUUGGAGGGGGGGAGCUUCAGGGAAGCAGCUUCUGGCAAAAGGACAGAAGAGGGAAUUAUUUUGUUUUAAUUGCACGUGUGAAGUAUACGUUAGUUAUCUAGUCAUGUGCAGAUGAUGUCCUGAGAUCUGUGUCUGAUGAACAGCAGGUUUGUGCUCCCGUUCUAACCUUGGAAAGCCUGCCUGAGUCCUAGCCAAGUCUACAUAGGAAAAUAAGGUUUUAAUGGGAUGUCUCAGAUUACUUUUUUUCACUUCAGACCUGCUUUUUUUUUUCUGAUACAUUACUCAGGCUUAGCAGACUCUUACCUGCACAUGACAGUGAGCUGAAAUGAGUUCAGAAAGCACUCUGUUCCUUUAAUGUAAGUGAAGCCGUAGCAACUUGCUUGUUUUUCCUAUGAAUCAUGCUGAAGAAUGGUAUAGUGUUGAGAUAUGUUUACAGCUGUAGGUGCCAUGACUUCACACUUAAAAUUAUACUUUUAACUGUUACACUCAGAUUUAACUUUGGUUUGGCAUCAAGCCUAAUGGAGGCUGUUAAAUACAUAUACAUCUUGCACACGUAAGGCAGUUGAAAGAGGCUUUUUAGAUAUACCCUUGACCUGGAAUCCAGUAAAGGAAAAAAGUAGUAUUGGUUUUACCUAUGGAGUGAGUCCACCUCCAACCCAAAUGAAUAUUUGCACAUGAUCUGUAAAUGAUCUUAGUGCUCGUGGUGGUGCUCUUCUUUAACGUGCCCUAAAGCUCUGCUUGGGUGUUGGAUUUGCUGCCCGUAACGAGUGGUGCUCCAGUGACAGAUCCCACAUGCCUUACACCAUCACCAAUAAAUUGCUCUUAGCAAUGAGCUCUUUUGAUCACCGUAGUCUCUCAACCUUCUUUUAAGGAAUAAAUUAGUGUAAUGUUUCUCAAAUGUUGAGAGACAAGUAGAUUAAAAAAAAAACAAACAAACACAUUUUCCUUGUGAGUAGUAGAAAGAAGAGCAGUGUUGGUUCCUGAAUGCAGCUGAUGGCUGCAGAACCCACGGUGGGGCAGGGGAGGUGACCUGGGAAACAUUCUCCUGUUCCUUGCCCUGGAUGCACAACUAGUAUUUCUUGACUUCCUUUUCACGUUUUCUCUAUGAGAACGUUCCACUAGCAAUCACUGAUGCAAUAAGCACAUAAAAUAGCGCUUGAAAUGUAUUAAACCCUGAGGUGUGGGGAAGUGGGAGCUCCCUCCAUCCCUAAUUUUGUUUGACACAGCUAUUAUUUUCCUGGUUCCCUUUGAAAGUAUUGACUGUCUGCUGAGAUAGGACACCCAAACUGAAUGCUUGCAUCCAGCGAGCUCUGGAAAUGAGUGUUGAGUAAUGGGAUGAGAAAGGGGAUGUUUCCUGGUGGCCCUUUCAGUGCUGGUAGACACCUACAAGGAGUUUCCUUUGGGAGAGAACGGAAAUUGGAAAAGCAGGAUGCGUGUUUUGAUGGACGGGGAUUAUUGCUGCGUACCUGGGGAGCAGACAGUGGGCAUUUGAUAGCAAAAGUGGUAUUUUAACUGUAGACAAAGAGCACCGUAUUGAGUGAAUAAAUAGUUGUGGCUUUGAACGUGAAGAGUAUGUGAAGUUUUUGUGGUCAUUGCUCACAGAUCCUGUACCAGAGCUGUGUCGGGCGUACUGUGUUCCCAGGGGUGCAGGAGGGCUUUUGGCUUGGGAAGAAAAGUUUGGCAAAUCGGGUUUUGUGAUUUCAUUGAUGAGUGCUUCUAACAACAGGUGAGGUCAAUCACUGCCGAUUGGUUGUCCUCCAAAGUAAGGUCAAAGUGCAGCUCCCUGAAUUAAAUGAUCUCCUGACAUUCUAAUCAUUGCCCCUUUCUGUGGUGCUGUGAUGGAUGCCUACAAGUUGAUUCGGUCCCCUUAGGCAAAGUGAAAGCUCUGUCUGUAGUAUUUUAAUGCAUCCAUACUCUAGCCAAUCUCAUACAUCCACCUUCCUUUUGUACUUUAGUUUCCACUAAUUCUGAAAGUGUUUGGAUGUUAGUCACUGAUUUAAAAAAAAAUAAAAAAAUUGAAAAAUGGUGAACUGAAUCUUCUAUCACUGUGCAAACUUGAGCGAUGAUAGUUCAUCCAGUGCGCUUUUCAAGUGGUUAUGCUUUAUUUGUUGCUCUGCUCUGUUUGCAGCUCUGUUCUUUGCAUUCUGGUCUAUGUACAGUUUGUGCAGUAUUUUAUCUUGCUGCUGUUACACCAGCUUCUGCGUGAGGAGAUUCAUGGCCAAGGCCCUCAGCAUACAUUGCUAUGGAGACUUCGCGGUGCAGGCAGGAGGAUCGCAGAAUGGCAGGGGCUGGAAGGGCCCUCGAGAGAUCAUGGAGUCCAACCCUGCUAAAGCAGGUGCCCUCCAGCAGGUCACACAGGAAGGUGUCCAGAUGGGCCUUGAGUAUCUCCAUAGGAGAAGACUCCACACCUCUCUGGGCAGCCCGUCCCAGUGCUCAGUCACCCUGAACAUACAGGAUUUGCAGUAGAGUUUUUCAUGGCCAUUUGUCUCACACCUGGAGCUCAGCAGGAUGGCAGUUAUCAGUGGGACUGAAUUUAUUUGAUUCUACAUGUACAGAAAGAAACUUUUAUUUCAUUUACGCAGCGCUUUCCCCAUCUCUGAAAGGUUUGUGGGUGCUUGAGCCAAUGCUGCUCUUUGAUUUUUAUGCCCAGAAAUGUGCAGGAUUGGGAAUCUGAAGCAUUUGAGAAAGCAGAUGUGCUUGGUUCCUAGUUCUGCUGUCUUUUUCUGGUUCAUCAAUGAACAAAAUGAGUUACAGAUGCUCAGUGCUCAGCACAAAAGGGCCUCUGCUGGUUUGGAAGGACCACUGGGACUCUUGGGAAGUCACUUAUCUUUUGGUAAUAAAGAAGAGCUGAGACAUUAAAAAACAAAAACAAAAAAAACAGUGUUGGUGUUGACUGGGUGGAAAUACCAAAAAAAAACAACGAAACAAAAUAAAAAGUAAGUUACUCAUCUCUUCCCAGAAGAAGGGCGAGCGCUGCCUGGAACGGCAGCUGUGGCUGGUGGGCUCCUGUGGUGGCUGGGUGUCCCUGCCGGCCUGACAGAGGGGAGGGCCCACGGGGCACCCCGUGCCAGGCGGGAGGGCUCGCUGCGGGGUUGUUGUGCAGACAAUGCUGUCACUGUACGGCCACGAGGCUGACACACGGGGUAUGCUAUAGAACAGUGCUCGCUGUGUCCCUGUCCUGGCGUGUCUCAGCAGGCUCUGUGUCGUGAGCCCUUUGCCAUGAAGCUGGCUGGACGGCAGGGUUUACCAGAACGGACCUCAGCCUUGUAGGGGUGCAGGCUCAGCGUGGGGCUUGGGCUCUGGAGCAGGUGGUGGGGAGCUCUGGCUCUGGUGGUGGCCAGUGUAAGGAGCUCGUGAAGAGAAGUCAGCCAUCAGCAUGCUGGGGUUUGUACAGUGCUUGGGUCUAACAGCACUAGGUAGCAGUCACGUUGGUGACUUAACCAGAAUCUGUCUGAUAGCCUGAGCUGAAUGACUUGCUUCUAAACCAGCUUCCUCACUGCUCUAGGUGAGGAAGUAUGAGAAAGGAAUGUGCUCAGCUGGGAAAACCAGCAGUGCCCUUGUGUUCUGAGUAGCGCUCUGCAUUGAUAACGGAGCUUAGAAGCGGGUUGGUAGUUGUUUGGUUAUCACACGUGGCACACAGUUCAGCUGCACUAAAAUAAGUCCUUCAGGAGACAGCAAGCAGUCUUUAGCAUGGUCUUACCCAGUGUUAGUUCUCAGAAUGAGACUGAAAGGGUCGUUAUGUAGUAAGCACUAAGAAUUGCUUCUAAAAUCAGGCUUUAAGUAAAAUAACAACUGCUGCAUGCAGACUUGUCACCGGCACUUUCCGAACCCGAGCUUUCACUACUUGUUCUCAGAAUAAAUAGUUAAUGUUCUGAAAGGACUUAAAGGAGGAAAAUGGUUUCGUUGUUUCACUUCUGUGCGUGCAGUGGAAGGCUGGUGAGCAGCUAACGCACAAAGCACGCUCCAGCUUCUGAAGCGCCCCGCGUGUGGGUAUUUGUUUGGGUUUGGGCUGAUCCCGCUGGCGAAGAACGCAGCCCAGCCCUGCUGCCGUGGCUGGCGGAGGCACCGUGCCAGCCUGCGUGCUGGGGGGGAAUCCAGCUCCGUGCGUGUGGAAUCCGAUGGGCGGUUGACCUAUAGAAAAUAAAUUUAGGUUUCAGUUAAAAAUACAAGUGGGCCCGCGGAUUGCAGUCUGGCCUUUCGCAGCGCGUUCGGAACCAUGAAGCAAUCUCGCUUCUCAGACGUUGAUGCGGUUUUGUCACCUGCUCGUUCUCUCUACUCUAGAUUCGUGCAUGAGAAAGCAUUUAUCUGGUUUUUCCCUUGUAUGGAAGCAGCACGCAGCUGUUCUGCUCCCUGCUGUAGCGUGUCAGUAGCGUUAUGCUAUAUUAGAUCAUUGUUUAGAAUGGGCUUACGUAUAUUUGGUUUCUUCAGUGUUACAAAAUGGCCUUCAGGUUUUCAUGCAGUGCUCAGUGGAUGAUGUACAGGGCCCAUCCGUCUGCUGUACCAGUCUUCCUGACACUUGCAACCUUGUUUUGAGUAAUGGUGAUGAAAUGAUGGACUUCCAAAGCUGUCAGGGAAUGGUGACUUACGUAGAAAACGCUGUUCAUCUCAAAAGCGUUGGCCAAUUCAUGAAUAUAUCGUUCUAUAAACAUCUGCUAAUGAAAUUUACCGCAUAACCCUGGACAUGUUUAAAUCAAGGUGAAAUUCUAUUCCUUCUUUUUGCUUCUCUUACUACUUUGGAGUUCCUGAGGGUUCCUUUAAUAGGUAAAUUCCACUGCUUACGCUCAGGCCCAAACAGGACACGAGUUUCCUUCUCCCUCAGCCCAGAGCCAGGCCAGGCAAUGCCUCUCCCUGGGAUCAAAGCUGCUAGCAAGGCGAGCAGCCACAUCGUGCUCAUCCUUACGCCGUUCCUUCUGCCUGCGUACUAGUAAUCAUUAGCUAAAACGAGCAUGCAUCACCCGAAGACCAUUUAUAUUUACUCAUUGUUGGGGCUACAUUGCAAAUACACACUUUUUGUAAAACACUGCGUUGAUCUUCUGUCCUCUGUCGUAUCAACCGCGCUCCCCGCAUGCGAGUGCAAGCUGGGGGUGUGCAGAGCAGCUUCUGUCUGCUGUCCGGAUGCAGAGUGCCCAGUGGGAGCUAUGGAGCAUGGCUCAGUGUGCCAGAAAAUACUGGAGAAUACCGACACUUCUGUGCUUUACCAACACAAAGGGCGUAUUCCCUUGUGGAUUCCAGCCAAGUGUCUACUUUCCUGAUUUCUAUUCUCCUCAUAGUCUAUGGCAGUUUCAGGUCUCUUAACAUGGACUUUGAGAAUCAAGACAAAGAGAAGGACAACAGCAGCACGGCUGGGUCUUUUAAUGGCAACAGCACCAAUAACAGUAAGGGUAUUCAAACCAUCGAUUCCACGCAGGCGUUGUUCCUGCCCAUCGGAGCGUCUGUGUCCCUCCUCGUUAUGUUCUUCUUCUUCGAUUCAGUUCAAGUUGUCUUCACAAUAUGCACAGCAGUCCUUGCAACAAUAGCUUUUGCUUUCCUUUUGCUCCCGAUGUGCCAGUACUUAACACGGCCUUGUUCACCUCAAAACAAGAUUUCCUUUGGCUGCUGCGGGCGUUUCACUGCUGCUGAGUUGCUCUCCUUUUCACUGUCUGUGAUGCUUGUGCUCAUCUGGGUCCUGACUGGUCACUGGCUCCUCAUGGAUGCUCUGGCUAUGGGCCUGUGUGUUGCAAUGAUAGCCUUUGUCCGGCUGCCGAGCCUGAAGGUUUCCUGCUUGCUGCUCUCGGGGUUACUAAUUUAUGAUGUCUUUUGGGUCUUUUUUUCUGCGUACAUCUUUAACAGCAAUGUGAUGGUGAAAGUGGCCACGCAGCCUGCUGAUAAUCCCCUGGACGUUUUGUCCCGGAAACUUCACCUGGGACCAAACGUGGGUAGAGAUGUUCCCCGCCUGUCGCUGCCCGGUAAACUUGUGUUUCCAAGUUCCACAGGCAGCCACUUCUCUAUGCUGGGGAUUGGAGAUAUUGUGAUGCCAGGUCUGCUGCUCUGCUUCGUCCUGCGCUACGAUAACUACAAGAAACAAGCCAACAGCGAUUCCUGUGGUGCCCCGGGACCAGGGAACAUCUCCGGACGUAUGCAGAAGGUCUCUUACUUUCACUGCACACUUAUUGGAUAUUUUGUAGGCCUAUUAACUGCAACAGUAGCCUCUCGUAUUCACCGGGCAGCCCAGCCUGCCCUCCUGUAUCUGGUACCUUUUACCUUAUUGCCGCUCCUCACCAUGGCAUAUUUAAAGGGCGAUCUACGCCGCAUGUGGUCCGAGCCCUUCCACUCCAAGUCCAGCAGCUCCCGCUUCCUGGAAGUAUGAUGGAACAGACAGCGACCCGAACUUCUGCCUUGGUCCUUUUCACUUUAACUUGUGGCUUUGUCAUCUCCUGACGCUGGACUGGCUGCCAGGUACUUGGGAAGGUACCAACUGCAGGACUUGUACGAAAGGAGGGGAAGGAAAAAAGCUGAGGCUCUGGAGCUCCGUCUCAUCGCCCUGCGGAUGUGGAACUGGGGACCCUUUGUGCAACUGCAGCCACUUUCCUCUCCUCCUCGCUCUGAUGGAUUAGUAGCAGACUCUUACCUACGCGAGAGAGGAAGAGACAGACUUGAAACUGAAAACGGCUUGAAGCCGUUCAAAAACUCGUGAACACUAAAAGAAAAAACAGUUAGGCAAACUGAAGCUUCUUCAGCGAACCCUCCUAGGCAUUGGGACCAGUUUCCUGUCGGACUUCAGUUUUGAAAAGAACUGAGACAGAAAGUUUUCUGUCACAAUAUUGGGGUUUUUUUGGUUUUUUUUUUUUUUUGAUUUAUUAAAUAUUUCCUGUGGUGUGAGGUUACUUAUUAAAUCCACAGACAUUGAGUGACUUCUUGCAGUAUACAUAUAAAAAUUUGUUGUAACAAGUUACAUUUCCACGCAGAUGUCAUGUUGCAGUGAAAAAGGGCACGAUUUUUAUACAUAUAUAUAUACACACACAUAUAGAUAUAUAUAUGAAUAAAUGAAAACCUGCUAAGAUCAUGCUAUGUAGCAGACAGGGGCUUGCUGUAAUUUUUAGCAUGUAGAGCAGUUUACUCUGGCUUUCUUGUAUAUGAAUCUACGAUGAGCUGCUGUUUUUCUCCCCCCUCCUGAAACUGAACCUGCAAUUUAAGAACAGAUGUAGUAUUUGUACCAGUUGUACUCACGGACUUUCGGGGAUAUUUGAUUUUGAUCAAUGUAGCAAACUAGGGAAGAAAAACGUCGAAACCUAACCCUGUUUGUUUGAGGGGGGAGGGAUGGGAAGGGUCUUUUUUUUUUUUUUCUUUGUUUCUUUUUUACAAUCAGCUCCCUUGCAGGUUUUUAGUAGUUCCUUCCUGACCCGGUGCAUGUAUUAUAGCAGCAAUUGUCUUUGUGCUUUCUGAUCAUAGUAAUGUAUCACUUGUAAAUACAUUUUUUCUAUUUUCUA